CUCUCAGCCCUUUCCCGCCAUGCACUGCGGCCCCUGACAAGUCGAUCCAAGAUGGCGUAGAAAGUAAUGACAGGAUUUCUGUCACUAAGUCAUGGCAGACAGAAGAUUGGAGAAUAUUUGUGAACAAGCAUGUGAUUCGCUCAGAAGGCAAGAGUAUGAGGUGGCCGUAUCCCAUUGUACGGAGGCUCUGGUGUCCCUCAGCCACUAUAAUACCAGCCCCACCACAGAGGCCAGUCAAACACACAUUAACCGUAUCAAGAUUGAGAGUCUUCUUUACAGAAUUGCCUCGUUCCUGCAACUCAAAAAUUAUGACCAAGCUGAUGAAGACUGUAAGCUGGUUUUGGGGCCUAGUCAUGUGCGCCUGGAUGGAUCUGUCCAUGCCGUGCUGUGCUGCAUGCACAUGGAAGGGAAGCUGCAGAUUUUAUCCAGCGUACUUUCCAAGUCCCUUGCUGGGGAGACACUGAAUGGGAUGGUAACCAAGGAUCUAACGAGAUUAAAGACCCUUCUGGCUGAAAUUGAGACCGCUAGCAACACUGUCCGGUCCAGUUACCACACAGAGGAUCUGGAAGAUGGGUCCCAUGAUGGAUGGCGGUUUCGCCCCCCACCUCGAGGUGUUACAAGUAGCGAAGAAUACACUCUAUGUAAAAGGUUCCUGGAGCAAGGGAUCUGCAGGUACGGAGCACAGUGCACAUCCGCACAUUCCCAGGAAGAGCUUGAAGAAUGGCAGAAAAGAUAUGCGUCACGCCUCAUCCGGCUUAAGCAGCAGAAAGAAAACACGCAGUUUUCCGGCAGUUACAUGGAAACCCUGAUCGAAAAAUGGAUGAAUUCCUUAUCCCCUGAGAAAGUGCUCAGUGAAUUUGUGGAAGGUGUCAGAGUGGAGCACAGUCCGGAGCUGUCUGUCACAGUUACUUCUAAAAAAUCUCAUCAAACAUGGACUUUUCUGCUCACUUGCAAGCCUGCGCGGCUCCUUCAUCGUGUGGCGUUGCUGUACGACGCACACCGACCUCAUUUCAAUAUCAUUGCAAUAUCCGUUGGAGAUGGAAACUCACAAGCGUCCCAGGAAGUCACAGAAGGUUGUCAAGAAUGGGUUGGCGAGAAGAUGGCCCAAAAUGGGAUUGACCAUUGCAUAUACAAAGUGGCGAUUGCCUUUAACACAGAGAUAUUUGGAACGUUUCGACAAACGGUGGUGUUCGAUUUUGGAGUGGAACCAGUGUUAAUGCAGCGAAUAAUGGUGGAUGCGGCUUCCACUGAAGACCUUGAAUACUUGAUGCACGCUCGACAACAGCUGCUAACGACGGCGAAACGCUGGGACUCCAUGUCUAAAAUCAUUGUAGAAUUCGAACCUAAUGAAACUACUGAAUUGGAGAGGAGCCUUCUCAGCCGAUACCAAAUCCCUCUCUCUGCUGACCAGCUGUUUACACAGUCAGUCCUGGAUAAAACUCUCACCAAGACGAAUUAUCAGUCCCGGCUACAUGACCUGCUUUAUAUAGAGGAGAUAGCACAGUAUAAGGAAGUGAGCAAAUUCAAUAUCAAAGUACAACUGCAACUAUUGUCUAGCUUCAUGCUCACCGGUGUUUCUGGGGGUGCAAAAUACGCUCAAAAUGGCCAACUCUUCGGUCGCUUUAAACUCACUGAGACACUUUCUGAAGACACCUUGGCUGGGAGAUUAGUGAUGACCAAAGUCAACGCGGUAUAUUUACUACCUGUCACAAAGGACAAAUCCAUGCAGAGUCAGAGCACCAAAGAGCGGGUCUACGAGGCGGUUAUUGAGGAGAAAACAAAGGAUUACAUCUUCCUGAGAAUAUGCCGAGACUGCUGUGAUGAAUUGCGACUUCGGCCAGACAGAGAGAUGCAGGUCGAGCUUCAGUUCCAGUUGAAUCGUCAGCCCCUGUGUGAAAUGCAUUAUGCACUGGACAGAGUCAAGGAUAAUAGUAUUCUAUUCCCAGAUCUGAGCAUGACACCCCCGAUCCCAUGGAGUCCAAACAGGUAUAAAGAUCAAUCCGUGAGCAGUUCUCAGGAUUGUAUGAUUUCGAAGGACCGCACAGACAUAAACAGGCUUAGCUUAGCAACUGAAAUGGAACUAUGCGUAAGCUCCGCCCAUUGCCAAAAAUUGCCAAUUUUCACGCUCCCCAUAAAAAGGCAGUGGGAUGAGCUUUUGGAUCCACGGUUGAAUGCGAAGCAGAAAGAAGCUAUCUUAGCCAUUACCACCCCCCUUUCCAUUCAGCUCCCCCCUGUCCUCAUCAUUGGGCCUUAUGGGACCGGCAAGACUUUUACAUUGGCGCAGGCUGUGAAGCACAUCCUUAAACAACAAGACACCAGUAGGGUCCUUAUCUGCACCCAUUCCAACAGUGCUGCUGACCUCUACAUCAAGGACUAUUUGCAUCCAUAUGUAGAAACAGGGAAUCCCCAGGCAAGACCACUCAGGGUUUAUUUCCGGAAUCGCUGGGUGAAGACUGUACACCCAGUCGUGCAUCAGUACUGUCUGAUCUCCGCCACACAUUCCACCUUUCAGAUGCCGCAGAAGGAGGACAUAUUAAGGCAUCGAGUUGUUGUAGUUACUCUCAGCACCUCCCAGUACCUCUGCCAGCUUGAUCUCGAGCCUGGAUUCUUCACUCACAUCCUGUUAGAUGAAGCUGCUCAAGCUAUGGAGUGUGAAACAAUUAUGCCCCUUGCUUUGGCGAAUAAGCACACCAGGGUGGUGUUGGCAGGAGACCACAUGCAGCUCAGUCCUUUUGUCUACAGUGAGUUUGCGAGAGAGCGAAACCUUCAUGUCUCUUUACUUGACCGGUUAUACGAGCAUUACCCAGUGGACUUUCCAUGCAGGAUUCUCCUCUGUGAGAACUAUCGCUCUCACGAAGCCAUCAUCAAUUACACCUCUGAGCUGUUUUAUGAAGGCAAAUUGAUGGCCAGCGGAAAGCAGCCGGCCCAUAAAGAGUUCUAUCCGCUGACGUUUUUCACCGCACGUGGCGAGGAUGUCCAGGAGAAAAACAGUACCGCCUUUUAUAAUAACGCUGAGGUUUUUGAAGUAGUCGAACGAGUGGAGGAGUUGCGGAGGAAGUGGCCAGUGGCCUGGGGCAAGCUAGAUGAUGGCAGCAUUGGAGUGGUAUCGCCUUACGCCGAUCAAGUGUUCAGAAUUCGGGCUGAGCUGCGCAAGAAACGUCUAUCAGAGGUCAGCGUGGAGAGAGUACUUAAUGUUCAGGGGAAACAGUUCAGAGUCUUGUUUCUCAGCACUGUGCGAACACGGCACACUUGCAAACACAAGCAGACACCAAUAAAAAGGAAGGAGCAGCUCCUAGAGGAUUCAACCGAGGACCUGGAUUAUGGUUUCCUGUCAAAUUACAAGCUGCUGAACACGGCCAUCACUCGGGCACAGUCCCUAGUAGCUGUUGUUGGGGAUCCGAUUGCUCUUUGUUCCAUCGGACGGUGCAGGAAGUUUUGGGAGCAAUUCAUCACAAUUUGUCACGAAAAUAAAAGCCUUCAUGGGAUCACCUUCGAGCAGAUCAAAGCUCAGCUCGAGGCCUUAGAGUUGAAAAAAACCUAUGUGCUUAAUCCUCUGGCUCCUGAAUUUAUUCCUCGGGCACUUAGACAGCAGCAUUCCGGAAACAGCUCCAAACAGCAGCAGCAGCAGUCUCCUCCCAAGGGGAAAAGCCAUCACAACCAAACAGAGCACUUUCCAGCUGAUGGAUUAGUUCAGCCCAAUCCAUCUGUUCUUAUUGGAAAUCCUAUCCGGGCUUACACUCCUCCCCUGGGACCCCACACCAACAUGGGCAAGUCUCCAAGUCCGGUACAAAGAAUAGAUCCACACACCGGCACCAGCAUUUUAUAUGUACCGGCUGUCUACGGAGGCAACAUGGUCAUGUCUGUGCCUUUACCUGUGACCUGGCCAAGCUAUCAGGGUAGAUUUUCAGUUGAUCCCCGUCUCAUGACCCAUCCAGCUAUGGCGUACAAUAUGAACAUUCUCCAGGCUCAUGGCCGAGGCUCUCCCAUCCCUUUUGGGUUAGGUCAUCACUCACCUGUCAACGUUGGUCAGCAACAGACACCACAGCCACCACACACCGACAAGGAGCAGCACGAACAAAACAGGAACGGUAAAAGCGAACACAAUCCAGUAGCAGAACUGAAUAAAAUCCGCACGCCAGAAAAGAAACCACAAGAAUGUAAACAGGUCGAUAUGGAUCCAAAUGCACAAACAAGAAGCCCAGAAUCACGGGCCAAUCCUGGUUUUCUCAACCCUAAAUUUCACAGGAAAGAUAAUCCAAAUCAAAGACACCUGAACGUCCACCUCACCCCUCCACACCCUCAGUACCCCAUACCGAAUCGACAUUACCCUCACUUAUCUCAAUUACCCAGACCGGCGUAUUCUCUACAGCAGCAGCAACAAAACCAUUUAUCUGAACUGCAAAACCAAAUACCUCCACAGCAGGGCCAGGUGGUCCAACAGCAAGCCCCAUCUCAGCCCUCACAGCUCUCUCCAGCCUUCCAGCCCAACCCCAGCCACUCCUUUUUUAACAACCCCAUGCCCCACCGACCUCAUUCCCCCAGCGUGGAUGGAAUGAUCCCCGAACAACCUCCUCACAUGCUCCAAGACAUCAAUAACCCUCUAAGAUCUGUUCCUCAACACAACCCGCUGUUAUCUUCUCAUAUGAACAAUUUUAUUGAAGAUGGUCCUCCGGGUUUAGGUGCUGGAGAUGCUUUAGAUCGCCUCCAUGGCAGCGUGGCCCUGGAAACAUUAAGACAGCAGCAGACGAGGUUACAGCAUUGGAAUGAGCAUAACGCCUAUCUGAACCAAGGCAACAUCCCGUUCCCACACCAUCCCCAUCCUCACCUGCAAGCAUUGGGAAUACCCCAACAGCAGUUAGUCCGACCCAAUUGGAAGACCCCCAACAAUGCAGAGGAUGAAUCGGAGGUGGCUUAUUCCAGAUUCCAGGAAUUCUUGCGAGAACUUUCCCAUCAAGAUCCAAGCGAUAACCGUGAGCUGAAUGAAAUGCCCCCACCGCAGUCUAGACUGUUACAAUACAGACAGGUCCAGCCCAGAAGCCCACCAGCACUGUCAUCCCCUUCCUCUAACCACAGCGGCCACUAUCCAAACUUCAACGAAAACAGCCGGGAGUUGGAAAUGGCCAACAAUCCAGCAUUUACCCAGCACAUAGCCCAAAUGUACAAUAGUCCUUACCCCAUGCCCUCUGGGCACCUAACACCUCCGCCCCUCAAAUACCUGCAGCACGACGGAUCAUGGACAUAUGCUAAUCUACAGCAAAACCCCUUAAUGGGCCAGGGUUUUCAUUACGGUAUGACCCCUCUUCAACACAGACCUCCCCAGAACCCGUUCAUACACCAUCUACAGAACCAUCAGCAAGCGUCCAAUCAGGAAGCAUUUCACCCGCCUUCAUCGCGAGCAGUGUCCACCUCUUCACUCCACAAUUUAGAAGAGUAUGAACCACGAGGACCUGGCAGGCCGCUGUACCAAAGAAGAAUCUCUGCUAGUUCGGGACAUGCUGUUCCCGAGGAGUUAGGAGCUUGUCAAGAAAAUCUUGGUCCAUGUAAAGAGGCUCAAGAACAUGGCGGCCAGCCUGCAUUUAGCUACUUAUCCCCUGAGCUGUGGGUCAACGCGGCAUCGUCAGUCUCCUAUCAGAACAUUCCGUGCAAUGGAUCCAAUCGACCGUUACCACCUAGGGACAUGUUAGUUGCUCCACCGAAAAUGUCAAAACCUCCUGAUGAUCUUCUGAAGGCUGAAAACAUCCAGAUGGCCAAUUCCUUUAACUACAAUGUCCUACAACAUCUUGGCCAGUUCCCACCUCUAAUGCCCAACAAACAGAUUGUAGAGCCCAGUGGCGCAGCGGCUGUCCAGCAGAGCAACAGCAAACCAACUAUGUCUUACGCAAGUGCACUGCGGGCGCCCCCAAAGCCCAAACCCCCACCAGAGCAGGCAAAAAAAAAUAGUGACCCUUUGUCUUUGUUUCAGGAACUUAGUUUAGGCAGUUCAUCAGGUAGCAAUGGCUUUUAUUCCUAUUUUAAAUAAAUGCCCCCCCCCUCCUGUUUUUGAUUUUAUUAUGCACCGUUUUUGUUUUUGUAUUGUAGAAAAUCUUUGUUUUAGCUUUGGAUAAAGAGUUAAAAGAAAAAAAAAAUAGGCUCGUCAGUGCUUUUCAGCUAUUUUUGUUUUUCUUGUGUGUAAGUGUGUGUAUUGUAUUUGUGUGUAUGUAUAUAUAGUAUAAAUAUAUUUAGUAUUUUAUAUAUACAUAUUCACAAAUCAAUAUGUCUGUAUAUACAUCCUAAAAUGUGUGUGUAUAUAGGGAUAUACAGACACACUAUCAAACAUACACACAACCAUAAAAUGUAGGGGGGAGGUAUAUUCCUAAAUAUACGUCCCGACAGCAGUUAAAGGUUUUGCUGCUAAAUUUGCAACUAGUUCAAAAAUUUAAAACAAAAAA